CACCACGCUCUCUCACAGUCGCUCUUUACAGUAGCCUCGCGCUGCACAGUCUCUCCUUUAGCAAUUGAAUCUCAGCGCGUGUCUGGAAUACGCGCAGCCCCCACACUCCUUAAUAGUCCUUUCCGCCUAUCUACGCCCUCUCGCUAUGCUCUACUUAGCCCUCGUCGCAGCCUUGCUGCCUGCCGCCUUCGCCCAGACCUGGACCGCCUGCAAUCCGCUCAACUCCACCGGCUGCCCUACUAAUCCCGCCCUGGGAAGCAAUGCCACCUUCCUGUGGAACACCACCACCGCCGACUCCAGCAUCUGGAAUGCUACCAAUGGCAAAGUCAAGUACACCCCAGCCGGCGGCGAAUUCACCAUCAACGAACGCCACGACUCGCCUACCAUCCAGUCCAAGUUCUACAUCUUCUUUGGUGUUGUCUCCGUUAUCAUGAGAGCUGCCCCCGGCCAGGGUGUCAUCUCCAGUAUCGUUCUCGAGUCCGAUGAUCUUGACGAAGUCGAUUGGGAAUUCAUUGGCGGCAACCACACCCACGUUGAGACCAACUACUUUGGCAAAGGCAACACUACUUCCUACGAUCGCGCUAUCUAUUAUCCCGUCGACAAGCCCCAGGACCAGUUCCACAACUACACCGUCCACUGGACCAAGGACGCGAUUGAGUGGUGGAUUGACGACAAGUCCGUACGCACGCUGAACUAUAGUGAUGCGCUCGGUGGCAAGAACUUCCCCCAGACGCCAAUGAACGUCCGCCUCGGUAUCUGGGCCGGUGGUGACCCGGACAAUAGUAACGGUACCAUCGAAUGGGCUGGCGGGCUUACAAACUAUGGCGAUGGCCCCUACACCAUGACAGUCGCGGAAAUCUACGUCCAAGAUUUCACUUCUGGCAAGGAGUACGCGUAUGGCGACAUGACCGGCAGCUGGGAGAGCAUCAAAGUUACCGAGGGCCAAUCGAAAGCCAUCAAGGAAAUCACGACCCCACAUGGUGUUACCGGCCGCUGGAAGGCCCUCUCGAAAACCGCCCAAUUCGCUAUCGUCGCCUCCGCAGCCGGUGUCGCUGUCCUCUGCCUUCUGGGCAUCGUGUUCUGUUGCAUCAAGCAACGACGCGCCGGGCGUCGAGAGUAUGCCGAGAUUGAGGCCCAGCGUGAGAAGGAGGCCGCCGAGCUUGUGGAAUAUACGACGAAGAUGGCGAACGGUCACUUCGGUCACGGCAGCCACAAUAACUGGUGAUUGGUGUGAUGGAGGCAUCGAUGCCUCGAAAAGUACCAUUUUCACAAUUGAUUGUCUAUCUUGAGUCCUUUUCGGGUGGCGCGACCAGCAGGGUGUGCGAUAGUUGCUUAUCCAUAAGCAUGCGCAUGACUCGAUACAAGUGGUGUUGCGUACAAAGGAGAGGUGGUUGUAUAUGUAGCAUACACAGAGCCUGCAGCACGUCUCCCUGCAAAUCGCGCAGCUCUGGGCGCAAACAUGUGUCUCUCACGAUCAUACCCCCAAUUUGCUGUUAGGUUCUAGCGUUUCUUUAGAGAG